UAAACAAAGCAAUCUCUCCCUCCUCCUCUCACAAGCCUGUCAUUUGUUCUCUGUGUUUGAGAGAGCACAGAGAGGAUUCACCAUUUCAUUGCUCUCCACUUCUCUUUUGUUUCUCUGCUGCCGUGUUUUUUUUUUUGUAAGCAGAGUAGAUAUGUCGACAAGAGGAUUCGUGCUUUAUUUGCUCUCUGGGUUCUCCGUGGCUGUUCUUUCCGUGCUAUUCGUCACUGAUAAAUCGUAUUCAAACCAGAAGGUUUUUCUUUCCUCAAAUGGAUCUCGCAGCGGCAAAGAUUGGCCCAAAUUGGAGUUCAAUGGGAGACUCGUGGCGGCGACGGUGAUUGGAUUUCUUGGAUCGGCAUGUGGGACGGUUGGUGGUGUUGGUGGUGGAGCCAUUUUUGUUCCCAUGCUAACUUUGAUUGUUGGGUUUGAUACCAAAUCUGCUGCUGCUCUUUCUAAAUGUAUGAUUAUGGGAGCAUCAGCAUCAUCAGUGUGGUAUAAUCUGAGAGUGCCUCAUCCAUCAAGGAAUGUUCCCAUCUUAGACUAUGACCUGGCUCUUCUGUUCCAGCCCGUGCUAAUGCUCGGCAUCAGUGUUGGUGUUUCCUUGAGUGUUGUCUUUCCUUACUGGCUUAUUACCGUUCUUAUUAUCAUACUCUUUUUAGGUACCUCAUCAAGAUCGUUCUUUAAGGCUGUUGAAAUGUGGAAAGAUGAGACAAUAAUGAAGAAGGAACUGGCCAAUCAACAAGUAACUACAGUUAACUCCCGUGGCGAGCUUUUGAUAGACACUGAAUAUGAACCAUUGGUACCUAGAGAAGAGAGAUCAAAAUUGCAAAUAUUAUGUUUCAAUCUCAGGUGGAAAAGACUUUUGGUUCUUCUUGUUGUAUGGCUCUCUUUUUUGCUUCUCCAGAUCAUUAAGAAUUAUGUGGCAGUUUGCAGUACAUGGUAUUGGGUACUCUUUUGCUUGCAGUUCCCUAUAACCCUUGGAGUAUUUGGAUAUGAGGCAAUCAAAUUGUAUAAAGACCACAACAAGAGGAUUAGCACUGGCAAUACAGAAUCCAUUUGUGAGGCUUCCAUUGCCUGGACUCCACUGCACCUCGCCUUCUGCGCACUAUGUGGACUCUUAGGUGGCACUGUCGGAGGCCUACUUGGUUCCGGUGGGGGAUUUAUCUUGGGACCAUUACUCCUUGAGAUUGGUGUCAUUCCCCAGGUUGCGAGUGCCACAGCAACAUUUGUGAUGUUGUACUCAUCAUCCUUGUCCGUGGUCGAGUUUUACCUCCUCAAGAGGUUCCCUGUGCCUUUUGCUUUGUACCUAAUGACAGUGUCUGUUGUGGCUGGCUUCUGGGGACAGUUUUUUGUAAGAAAGCUCAUCACAAUCCUAAGAAGAGCUUCACUCAUUGUAUUCAUCCUCUCCGGUGUCAUCUUUGUCGGUGCUAUCACUAUGGGAGUCAUUGGCGUUGAGAAGAGCAUUGACAUGAUACAUAAACAUGAGUUUAUGGGAUUCUUAGGGUUUUGCAGUAGCCAAUGAUCGUUGGCAAGCAAAACCCAAAAAAGGAGAUUGAAGAGGGAAAUUCUUAGUUGAGAUUGGGAUUGAAAUGGGUUUGUUGGUCCAUGAACAAUUGACCAAUCCAACCCAAAAAAAAAAAAAAAAAAAAAGAUGUUUGUUUUAGUUAAUGUGGAAUAAUCAUGAGUGUUAGUUCCUGGCUAACACCAUCACCUGUAGUUGAUUGUUUUCUUUCUGCAUUUCUUUUAUGUUUGCUGAAAGAAAGAAAGAACGAACAUAUCUGAAGAAAAUAGUCAGAAAUAUUGAAAAGUAACAUGUCUUGUGGAGGCACUUUGUUU